CCAGUUGGGCCGCGACUGCCGUUUUAAGAUUUAUAAUCAAUUUAUUGAUUUUUGUAGUAUAUAACAUAAUAAUCAAGGGUUUUUAGAGUGAACACCAUGUGAAUACACCUUGUUUAUCGUUAAUAUUAAAUUGUGGAUUUAAUAAUCUUCGUUCUUGGUUAAACAUUUUGAGUAGAAGUUCUUAGUUCGUAUAAAUUAUUAAAAUGUCGACCGGCAGUCUUAAUAAUUAUAUCCAGACUGUGGAAAGGAUGUAUAGACUUUUUGAAGGAGAGGAGCUUUCACGGCUUUUAUCUCUCAGGGAUUCUCACGUUGCCAACAAGAACCUCCGCUCAAGUGAUAUUGCCUCGUUAGUCGAAGGCAAUUGUGUAGCACCUCUUGACGAAGUGAUUAUUUGCCACUUGCUGUGUGUGAAGGCCCUCCAUGAAAAAGGAUAUUUAGAAGCGUAUAGUCAUCAGAGCCAAUGUGUUGUGGCCAUUGUUAAGAUACUACAGAAUCAAAAGGAGCAGAACUGGUGUUUGCCUCUCAUGUACACUGUAUGUUUAGAGCUGAGGCUUGUUGCACAGAAAGCAGAAGCAUUGACAGCACAAAGCGAUGGCAAAAUUCUUGAAAAGGCUGCUGAGAGUCUACUCUCGUGCUUCAGAGUUUGUGCUGCUGACAAUCGAACAUCCGAUGAAGAUACAAAAAGACUGGGUAUGUUAUACCUUGUGAACCAACUUCUUAAGGUCUAUUUUCGAAUCAACAAAUUACAUUUGUGCAAACCACUGAUUAGAGCUAUUGACUCCUCACCUCUCUGGCAUCAAUUCCCAUUGGCCCAGCAAAUAACAUACAGAUAUUUUGUUGGUCGGAAAGCAAUGUUUGAUUCUGAAUACAGUGCAGCAGAUGACUUUUUGUCAUUCGCAUUUCUGAAAUGCCAUAGAAGAAGUCACAAAAAUAAAAGACUUAUUUUGACAUAUUUAAUACCAGUUAAAAUGUUACUGGGAUAUAUGCCAACAGAAGAUUUGUUGGAGAAGUAUGACCUGUUGCAGUUCUUGGACUUAAUAUCGGUGGUUAAAAAUGGGGAUUUAAGAGGAAUCGAUAGGAUCAUGGAGGAGCAUGAAUCAUUUUUCAUCAGUGCUGGAAUUUACUUGAUUGUUGAGAAAUUAAAAAUUAUAGCAUAUAGAAAUUUAUUUAGAAAAGUAUAUCUUGUGGAAAACAAUCAUCAAAUUGAUAUAGCGAGCUUUCAAGCAGCUUUACAAAUGAUGGGGCAAGAAGAUGUUGAUUCAGACGAAACACAGUGUAUUGUUGCAAAUUUGAUAUUUCAGGGGAAAAUCAAAGGAUAUAUUUCAUAUCAACAUAAAAAAGUAGUUGUAAGCAAACAAAAUGCAUUUCCACCACUUUCUAGUCUUUAAAUUAGCUUUUUAUAAAUAAACAUGUAAAAUUAA